AUGUCGAGUAGCCUCGAAGCAAAGAUCGUAGUCCUCGGCAGCCAGGGCGUUGGCAAGACGUCGCUCGUCCACCGCUACGUCAAGAACGCCUUUACGCCCCCCACGACCCAGUCGACCAUCGGCGCCUCGUUUCUGACCAAGCGCGUCGUCGACAUCGACACGUCGACCGUCGUGCGUCUGCAGAUAUGGGACACGGCCGGCCAGGAACGCUUCCGCUCCAUCUCCAAGCUAUACUACCGAGGUGCAAACGCCGCAGUGCUGUGCUACGACAUCACCGACCCGCAGUCGUUUGAGGAAAUGGGCCGCUGGUUCAAGGAGCUCAAGACGAACCUGGGCGACGACACCAUCCUGCACGUUGUAGGCACAAAGUCGGACAUCAUAGCCGCAGACCCCUCGAAGCGCAAGGUGCCCUUUGAACGCUGCAUCGCCUACGUGGCCGAGAACCUCUACCCCGCACAGCCCGCACAACCUCACAAUCCCCAGUCAAAUGGCUGGGGCUCGGUGCCUGCAACCUUCCACAGUGGCGCCAUGGCCUCGCCGCAGAGCAACCGGUCUAGCGGCUUCUGGGGGCAAGACAUUGGCUGGGACUGCUGCCACGAAAUCAGUGCAAAAGACGGUGAGGGCGUCGACGAAGUCUUCCGCGUCAUCACGCGCAAACUGGUCGAGCAGGAGCAAAAGAAACUUGAAGAGGAGCAGAGACAACUGACCAUGGCUGGCGCCACGCCAGUCCUUGACAACAACGGCAACGUGACUGGCUACUUUGAUUAUCCUGGCGCUCCCAACGGGAGCUUCCGCCUAGGCGCCGCCGACAAGAGGCGAAGCUGGCUAGGCUUUCCCACAACGCCCGGUGCUACAGGCCAGCAGCAAGAGUGGGAAGAAGACAUCAACCGAGUCCAGAAGACUAAGAGCGGAAGGUGUUGCUGA